UGUUCCUGAAACAAACUCUCAAUACCGGGCGAGAGGGAGCAUGCACAUCAAGAGCGUUGUGGUGUGCGGGUUCCGCAGCUACAAGGAAGAAGCAGUGGUGGAAAGCUUCUCCAAGGGGCAGAACGUCGUGAUCGGUCGGAAUGGGACAGGGAAGAGCAACAUGUUCGAUGCGAUUCGCUUUGGACUCCUCACUGAGCGCUUCUCCAACUUGCGCCAGGAGGAACGGCAGGGUUUGCUCCAUGAAGGCGCAGGUAAACACGUUAUGAGUGCAUACGUGGAGAUCACGUUUUGCAACCGGGACGGCCGAUUGCCCCUGGACACCGAAGACGUGGUUCUUCGUCGCACGAUUGGGGUGAAGAAAGACGAAUUCUUCUUGAAUCGCAAGCACAUCACCAAGCAAGACGUGAAUCAUCUCUUGGAAAGUGCUGGCUUUUCUCGAUCGAAUCCAUACUAUAUCGUGCAACAAGGGAAGGUGAAUGCACUGGCGUUGAUGAAGGACAAGGAGCGCCUCGAGUUGCUCAAGGACGUCGCCGGCACCAAAGUGUACGAAGAUCGACGCGUUGAAUCGCUCAAGAUCAUCCAAGAAACCCAGGGUCGUCGUGAGAAAAUCCUUGAAGUCAUCUCGUACAUCGAAGGUCGUUUGAACGAGCUCGAGGAAGAAAAGGACGAGUUAAAGGCGUAUCAAGACCUGGACAAGGAAAAACGCGCGCUGGAGUACAUGAUGCACGAGAAGGAACUGCAGAGCGUGCGCAUGGACCUCGAAACGAUCGAGCGCAGUCGCAUCGAUGAAGCCAACGCAUCGAACGAGCUGCGUGCGAAAGAACGCGAGUUGGCGGACCACAUCAAGCAAGCGAGCAAGGCAAGCCACCGCACGAGCCAAGACAUGGACGCGUUGAACCGACAGCGGGCAAGUUUAGAAGCGGAACGGGGCGAAUUGAUCAAGACCAAGUACGCCCUAGAAAUGGAAGUGAAGGAAUUGACGGAAGGCGUCGCCCACGACAACGCGACGAGCGCGUCACUCUCAAAAGAAGUCGAGACCAUCCAGGGCCAGGUCCAAGAGAUUCAGGCCGAGUUGGCUGCCGAGUGGAUUCCCAAGUUUGAUACGUUGACGAGUGCGUUGAAGGACACGAAGCAGUUGCUGGCCACGCAUGCGUUGGAAGCCGACGCGUUGGUGGCCAAGAAAGGGCGCAAGUCCCAGUUCAAGUCCCAACACGAGCGCGAUGUCUUCCUCAAGUCGGAAGUGAAGGAGAUUUCAACCUUGAUCAAGCGCAAGGACAAGGAAUGCUCGUCGUUUCGACAGUCCAUAGCCGCGUCCGAGCGUCAAAUCGACGACGCGCGCCGCGAGUUGGCCGACCAGGCCACGGCCAUGGACAUGCAUCGAGACACGCUCGAGCAGUUUGCGCACUCGUUGAAAGAACUCAAGGAAAAGCGGAACGCCACGUCCGAGACCCGCAAGGACCGAUGGCGGGACGAGGACGCCAUCAACCAAGAGGUCAAGCGGCUCCAGGACCAACUCGUGAAGAGCCAGUCGAUGCUUAGCACCACCAUGGCGAUGGACGUCCGUCGCGGGUUGGACGUGGUCCGGAAAUGGCGCGACGAGGGCAGGUUCCGGGGGAUCUACGGUCCGUUGAUCGAGCUCGUGGAGCCAAUCGACGAGCGAUUCUGCCUCGCGGUGGACGAGGCGGCCGGCGGCGCGUUCUUUCACGUCGUGGUCGACACGGACGACACUGCGUCCAAGAUCAUGCGCGAGCUGGAGAAGCACAACCUUGGGCGAGUGACGUUUUUGCCGCUGAAUCGGCUCAAAGUGAACGAGACCGAGCAGUACGUGACCAACGACGACGUGGUGCCGCUCAUGGACAAGCUUAAGUUUGGCCGCGACAUCCGAAAGGCCGUGCUGACUGCGUUCGGCAAGAAGUUGCUGUGCCGGGACCUCGAAACGUGCGCGGAGUACGCCGAGCGCACCGACAUGGAUUGCUUGACGCUGGACGGGGACAUGGUGCAGCGUCGAGGGGGGUUGAAAGGCGGGUACAAGGACCCGCAGCGGUCGCGGUCGCGCGCGCAGCUCGAAGUGAAACGCGCCGAGAAGGAGCUUGACGCGGUCCAGAAGGAGGCCAAGAAGGUCCGGUACGCGGCCCAACAAGCCGACCAACACGUGUCGAGCAUCAUGGGCGAGAUUCAAAAGCAAGACGCGGACAAGCACCACGCGUUGGACUCGUACGAGCAACUGCAAAAGGACCACGAACGCCUCCAACGCCAAAUCACCACCGACACGCACAACAUGGACGACAAGCAGCACAUGCUUGAAACAUGGACCCACGAAAUUCAAGAGUUGCAAGCCAAGCGCGAGGUGCUGACGGUCGAGUUGGCGCAGCCGAUGGAGGAUUCGCUGUCGGCCCAGGACACGCGUCGACUCGAACAACUCCACGCUUUGAUGGCGGACCUCAAGGCUGUGGAACGUCAGCAGCGACAAGAGCUCGACGUCGUGCGCAGCAAAAAGUCGUCGUUGGAAACGAUUUUGACAGACAACCUGCAACGCCGGGCCAAGGAAAUCCACGGCCAGAUUCAAGUGUCCAGCGUCUGGUCCCUCCAUGCGACGGAGCGCAAAACGUUGGUGGAGAUGAAGGCAGUAGACUUGGCCGACGCGACGCGCGCGGUGGAGCGCCACGACGCGCAGUGGAAGCAGUUGGAGGAAUCGGCCAGUCGACUUGAGCAGCAACUGCAGCAAGAAACCCAAUCGCUCGACAAGCAACGCGUCGAGUUGGCCAAUGUCAAGCAGCAGCUGGCGGAAGAGUCGACAAAGGCCGAUCGCAUUUUGACGAGGCGCCGCCGACUGCUCCAGAAACGAGAAGACGCGAUGCGAGACAUUCGGGAGCUGGGCACGUUGCCAACGUCGGAACUGGACAAGUUCAAAGCGUGCUCGGCCAAGGACAUCUCGACGCGAUUCACCAAGUGCACUGACAAAUUGAAGCGGUACUCCCACGUCAACAAAAAGGCGCUGGACCAGUACGUCAACUUUUCCGACCAGCGAGAAGCCCUCAUCUCCCGAAAGCAAGAGCUCGACGCGGGCGACGAAUCCAUCAAGGACCUGAUUGAUGUGCUCGACCGCCGCAAGGACGAAGCCAUUCUGCGCACGUUCAAGGGAGUGAGCCACCACUUUACCCAAGUGUUUCACGAAUUGGUGCCCACAGGGGAAGGCAAGAUGCUGAUUUUGCGAGGGGAUGACAACGACAACGAGUCGGACACGACAACGUUUGUGGGGGUGCAGAUCAAGGUGAAUUUCCGAGGUGAAGGCGACUCGUACUUGAUGAGUCAGCUGUCGGGGGGCCAAAAGGCGUUGGUGGCGCUCGCGUUUAUCUUUGCCAUCCAGCGCUGCGAUCCGGCGCCGUUUUACCUGUUUGACGAAAUCGACCAAGCGCUGGAUUCGACGCAUCGCGCGGCGGUUGCCGCGUUGAUCCAACGCCAAGCCCAUUCCGACGAAAACCCCGCCCAGUUUAUCACGUCCACGUUUCGACCUGAACUGGUCAUGGUCGCCGACCAGUUCUACGGCAUCAGCCACCAAAACAAGAUCAGCAACAUCCAACCCAUGUCCAAGGAAGAAUCCCUCGCGUUUAUUGCCGACAUCAUGGCCGACGAAGAAGCUGUGGUCGAGAGCCAGUGACGACAGAUCAUCAGCCAACCAACCAUACAUGACUAUAGUAUUUUGACGAGUUUGCACGAUUGAUCUGCUCGUUUUGUGGGCAAAGUCAGAGGGAAACAUCCCCCCUCUCCACAUGUACAAACACUUGGGUGGUCACAAACAACUACCUAUUCGUCGCCAGUAUAUGUACCUCGGCUUACUUUUUAAUAUCAUUGUUGGGCUGGUUGGUUGUGAACGUGC